CAAUCAGUCCACUUUUUCAGUCUGUCGCGUUUUUUCUCCGAUUGAUUUAUUGACGACUUCAAAUUUCUUCGCAAGUUAACUUUUUCCCUUUCGCCUCAACCGCUUUGUUGUCUAUUUCAGCAGGUCAGCCCUGGUGCAUAUGGCCUGCUGUUUCAGCUGUGUGUUGCAUGAAAGCAAAAUCGUGACUUCGCUCUGACUAAUAAACAAAUAAGAUAACAACCUUGCCUUCAUGCUGGGAACGCUGGCGGUGCGCUGAAGCGACCGUGGAGGUUAUAAAUGUUGACCGAGCGUGAAAAGACCGUGGUCUCUACUGCCGUUAUAGCCGCAGUUGGUGUCGGGGUACUGUACGUACUGACUCGCUACCGGAACGGCAUCAUGAGUCGGCUGAAGGCACUGAACCAACGGGAUCCACUCCGUGGCCAGCAGGUGCACAUCAUCAACACGGCCGACGACUGUCGGAUGAUUGUGACCAAGCUGCACAAACACUGCCAGGAGUACAACGUGCUGGGAUUCGAUUGCGAAUGGGUUAGCAACCAAGGGAAACGGCGUCCCGUGGCACUACUCCAGCUCGCUUCCCACCGUGGCCUCUGUGCCCUUAUACGGCUGUGUACGAUCAACAAGUUACCGCAGGAAUUGUACGAUCUUCUGAACGACGACAACAUCAUCAAAGUUGGCGUUUCACCGUUUGACGAUGCGCGGUUACUUCGCGAAGAUCACCGUUUGAAGGUGGAAAGCACACUUGAUCUACGCUUUAUGGCGGAACGGGCCGGUUUGGAGCCAUUCGGCAUUGCGCGACUUGCAAACGAAGUUUUAGGACUAACGCUGGACAAACACUGGAAGAUACGCUGCUCCGACUGGGAAGCGCCGGAACUGUCCGAACGGCAGAUUAAAUAUGCGGCCAGUGAUGCGCACGUUGCGGUGGAACUGUUUAAGAAGUUUGCCUACAAACUGGUACCACAUUACCCAUGGACGAGCCGAAAAGUCGUGCUCCAACAAGUGCUAGAAGAGAUGGACUGCUAUAUGGAUCAAACGUACAACAGUCGCAGAUCGAAGGGAAGCGGUGGAUCCAAGAACAAAAAGUUCCUCGACCCGCAAAACCAUCAAAAAACUGGCAAGCGCUAUCACACGACGCGCACAAAGCCACUGUACCACAACUGCAUAAUGGAGGCACCGGAUGGUGAAGUGCUGUGCACUUGCGAUCGGCGCAAGGCCGAAUGGUACGUGCAGCGUGAGCUGGCGGACCUGGUGUGCCAGGAGCCGUACACCGUGCGUUUACGCUUCGAACCGGCCGGUCGGGCAGUGGACGACCCGGGCAAGUACUAUCAGCAGGUGAAGGAAAACAUUUGCGUUGUGUGCGGAGCGACCGAGUGCUUCAAUCGGAAGAAUAUUGUCCCACGGGACUAUCGUAGACAUUUUCCAGUUGUAAUGAAAGAGCACGUUUCACACGAUGUCCUCCUGCUGUGUGCCGAUUGUCACCAGCGCAGUAACAUUUUCGACGAGCGGCUGCGACAAAAGUUGUCCACCCUUUGUGAGGCUCCCCUGGCGGGGCAGAAGAACGGAACGAAGGAAAUUCGCCUCGAAACGAUGUCGGAAAUAAGAAAAGCAGCACGAGCUCUUCUGUACAGCGCCGGACAGAUGCCUCCCGAGCGGCGACAACAUCUCGAGGAGAAGCUACUGCAGCUGCUGAACAGCCGGCUGAUAGACGAUGAUGAUGAAGCCAGUCAGAAUGAGGCACGCGUUACGGAACUGACACCGGAUUUGCUGCACACAUACAGCAACAUAGACAUCUCGGUGCGCAACGAGUUCUACUGUGCGCAUGGGGAGCGUGUGGUCGAGUACUUUAAACAGCGCCCAGGAGGACUGAGUCAGCUGGAGCGCAUGUGGCGUGAACAGUUUCUGCACACCAUGCGCCCGAAACAUCUUCCCGCACUAUGGUCGGUGGAUCAUAACUACAAACGUCUGGAAAUUCGUGCCGGAGAAGGAAGGGUUAAUGUGGAAGAUCUAGCCGCCGCCGGUAUCAGCCUAAAUUCGUCCCCAUCGACUUCCAGCUACUCAUAUAGCAACUCCGGUUAUUCGCAAACGAACGGGACGCCCACUUACAGUGGCAUGACCAUGGACAAUCCCCCUUCAUCUACACGCUUCUACUCAAACAUGCCCUCCCAGAAUGCUACCGUGGCCAGCGGUACCUCCGGCGCAGGUGUAGCGACACACUCCACUCAGUACAAAUCCAUUAUCCAACCGCGUUGGACCGAAGCCACCGCGAACGAAUCCGUCUCGUCCGGUGGUUCUACAACACUGUUUAAAACAAUAAACUCUCCACAACCCCCGCCGGCAUAUACCAACGAGCCGCGGGUAGCACGAACCACCCAGCAGCAGCAACUGGACAGUGAGCUGGCAACCGAACGAGACUUUGCCUCCCUUCAGCUAACCUACGAUAGCGAUGACUCUAAUUCAACCCUCUCCCAGCCGUCAUCAACAUUGCUCUAUUCUAACGGUACGUUCCCGGACGAAGAGGAACAGAACGGUGACGAUAUCGAUGAUCAAGAUGGAACUUCCAGAAGCAACGGCCGGAAAGCGGAGGAAGAAGAGGGUGAUGACGCCGACGAGCGCAGUCUUAGCGCCAUCGACAGUUUAGUCACGGACAGUUCUUCCUCUUCCACCGCUACUAGAGCGCGGGACCCGACCGGCGUAGAGGCUUCGGUAGCACGAGGGGGACAAGCGACCGGUUGGUAAAAACUCUCCCGCUUCAGGUGGCGAUUACAUCAGCUGAAAAGAGAUUAGUCCGAGAAAGUUACAUGUGAUGACGCGGAUGACAAAGUGAAUAUAUUUUUACUGUACAUGUUGAUAACGCUGAAUGAACAAAUCAUCCCAAAAGUGUAAAACUAACGUUUAACAAAUGUAACAAAUAGAAUACAGUAAAUUAUAAUCUUCGUUGGUUCCAAAC